GCGGGGCUGGCGGGCCAGGAGUGUGAGGUGGGCGCUGUGGUGGCCAGUGACUCCGAACGUCCCUCCUUCCGAGCAGGCAACCUUGACUUGAAGCCUCCCCCAUCUUGCUGGUCUUUUGAUUUUCUGGAGUCUCUGGCUGCCUCAUUCUUUGACUCCUCGCUCUUCCUCUGUCCCUUAGGACCACAGUUUGGUCUAGAAGCAAGAUGGAGGCUGACUUGUCUGGCUUUAACAUCGAUGCCCCCCGCUGGGACCAGUGCACCUUCCUCGGGCGAGUGAAGCACUUCUUUAACAUCACAGAUCCCCGCACUGUCUUAGUAUCAGAGCAGAAGCUGGACUGGGCCAAGGUCAUGGUGGAAAAAAGCAGGAUGGGGAUCAUACCCCCAGGCACCGAAGUGGAGCAGCUGCUCUAUGCCAAAAAGCUGUAUGACUCAGCCUUCCACCCUGACACUGGGGAGAAGAUGAACGUCAUUGGGCGGAUGUCCUUCCAGGUCCCUGGGGGCAUGAUCGUCACUGGCUGCAUGCUCCAAUUCUACCGGACCAUGCCGGCGGUGGUCUUCUGGCAGUGGGUGAACCAGUCCUUCAAUGCCUUGGUCAACUACACCAACAGGAAUGCAGCUUUGCCCAUAUCAGUCAGGCAGAUGGCCCUCUCCUACUUCACAGCCACCACUACUGCCUUGGUCACUGCUGUGAGCAUGAACAUGUGGACAAAGAGAGCUCCACCCUUGGUGGGCCGCUGGGUGCCCUUUGCUGCUGUGGCUGCAGCUAACUGUGUCAAUAUUCCAAUGAUGCGACAGCAGGAACUCAUCCAAGGUGUCUGCGUGAAAGACAAGAAUCAGAAUGAGCUUGGCCCUUCUCAGAGAGCUGCAGCCAUAGGCAUCACCCAAGUGGUUAUUUCUCGGAUCACCAUGGCGGCUCCUGGCAUGAUCUUGCUUCCAGUUAUCAUGGAAAGGCUGGAGAAACUGCAUUACAUGAAGAAAGUCAGGGUGCUGCAUGCCCCAUUGCAAGUCAUGCUGUCUGGGUGCUUCCUCCUUUUCAUGGUGCCUGUGGCAUGUGGCCUCUUCCCACAGGAAUGUGAAUUGCCAGUUUCAUAUCUGGAACCAGAGCUCCAAGCUACCAUCAAGGCCAAGUGUAAAGAGCAUGUAUCUUAUGUCUACUUCAAUAAGGGUCUUUAA